AUGGCACAGAGACACAGCCUCACCAUCCCCUACGGAGCACCUCUCCUUGCUAUAUCCUUCUUGGCCUGUGUAGCCACAGGUUUGGAGCUGUCUAUAAACAACCAGGCUGCUGACUUCUCCCUGUCCACAAAGCCUGGCCCUCCUGUCUCCCUCUCCUGCCUCGUACACAACAGCAGCCAGGCUGAGGAGCUGCUCUGGUUCCGAGGAGAUGGGCGAGUGGAUCUGAAAGAUGGGAAUAAAGAGAACAUCAGCAACAUCUGCAUAUCCCCAGUCAACGAGUCUGACAACGGAGUCACCUUCACAUGCAAGUUGGCACGGGACAAGUCAGUCCAGGUGUCUGUGAUCCUGGAUGUCCAGUUUCCUCCCCAUCUGAGCGGGGAAGAGUCACACCAAAUUGAAGAAGACAAAGAUGUUACUCUGAGCUGCAACUCCAAAUCCAACCCUCAAGCCCAAGCAGUUUGGUAUAUGAACAAUACCACCUUGACCCUGCAGCAGAGUCGUCACCAGCUGUACCAGACGAGUGAGGUGUCUCAGCUCUCUAUCAGGAAAGUACAGAAGUCUGACAAUGGCACCUACACCUGUGUGGUGAAGUCUUCCUUGGGAGAGGGCAGAAAGGAUUUCCACCUCAUAGUUGAAGAUAAAAAACCUGUUUUUCCCAAGGAGGCUGUUAUUGCUGCUGUGGUGGUGGUCACAGUCACUGUAAUUUUUGGGAUUGUGGCUCGAAAAGAUAAAAUUUUUAAGUGCUUCAAGAAACCAAGGGAAACAGCUCUGUAA